AUGAAGAGAACUAGAAGGCUGGACAGUCUGCUCUGUCCAGGAAACUGCAAGGGUUUCUGGCUCUACGGGGAGUACAGGGAACAACUGGGUAGCUUUGCCAGGCGGGAAGCCACACGGCUGCUGACAGAGAGACAAUGGAGGAAACAGACAGGAGAAAACAACAUGGUCAAUGCCAGACGGGGGCGUGGCCAACGACAUCACAACCCCGUCACCAUGGAGUCAUAUCUCAGCCACACCUCCUCUACAAAGAAGCCCCGCCCCUACUCCAAAUGCCAAGACUGUGUGGCUCGUAUACAGCGGUACAUUGUGACCAAGCUGGGGGAGGACUGGAUCUUCCUGGUGCUGCUGGGCCUCACUAUGGCCCUGGUCAGCUGGAGCAUGGACUACACCAGUGCCAAGAGCUUACAAGCGUAUAAGUGGAUGCACGGGGAGCUGAGGGGGAAUGUCCUGAUCCAGUACCUGGCCUGGGUCGUCUACCCCAUGGUCCUCGUCAUGUUCGCCUCCCUCUUCUGCAACAUAGUCGCCCCUCAGGCCAUAGGUUCUGGUAUUCCUGAGCUGAAGACCAUUCUGCGAGGGGUGGUGUUGAAGGAGUAUCUAACUCUUAAAGCCUUUGUGGCCAAAGUCAUCGGGCUGACCGCCGGCCUGGGCAGUGGCAUGCCCGUGGGGAAAGAGGGUCCCUUCGUCCACAUUGCCAGUAUCUGUGCUGCUGUGCUGAGUAAAAUCAUGUCCAUCUUCUCUGGAGUGUAUGAGAACCCCUGUGGUUACACAGACAUUCUGACAGUGGGCUGUGCCGUGGGGGUGGGCUGCUGUUUCGGCACUCCUCUAGGAGGGGUGUUGUUCAGCAUUGAGGUCACAUCUACCUACUUUGCUGUGAGGAAUUACUGGAGAGGGUAUUUCGCUGCCACCUUCAGUGCCUUCAUAUUCAGGGUGUUGUCUGUGUGGAACAAAGAUGCAGUCACCAUUACAGCUCUUUUCCGGACCAACUUCCGGAUGGAUUUUCCCUUUGACCUGCAGGAGCUCCCAGCCUUCGCUAUCAUUGGAAUCUCCUGUGGGUUCCUGGGGGCCUUCUUUGUCUACCUGAACAGACAGGUGGUUCUAGUGAUGAGGAGACAGACGGCUCUCACACGCUUUCUGACCAAGCAUCGGUUGAUCUACCCAGGUGCAGUGACGUUUGUCAUCGCCACCCUGACCUUUCCUCCUGGAUUCGGCCAGUUCAUGGCUGGAGAGCUGAUGCCUAGAGAAUGUAUUAACUCUCUGUUUGAUAACUUCACCUGGACCAAACUGUCUGCCACCGCCCUUCCCCCUGGACUGGGGCGCUCCUCAGCCUGGCUGCACCCCGACGUCAGCGUCUUCCUCAUCCUCCUCCUCUUCUUCGUCAUGAAGUUCUGGAUGUCUGCUGUUUCCACGACGAUGCCCAUCCCGUCUGGUGCCUUCAUGCCAGUGUUCAUACUGGGGGCAGCAUUUGGGCGUCUGGUAGGGGAGAUCAUGGCCACUCUCUUCCCAAACGGUAUCCUGUUUGAUGGGAUAGUUUAUCGCAUCCUCCCCGGGGGCUAUGCUGUCAUUGGUGCCGCGGCCCUGACCGGGGCAGUAACCCACACAGUGUCCACGGCUGUGAUCUGUUUUGAGCUGACAGGCCAGAUCUCCCACAUCCUGCCCAUGAUGGUGGCGGUGAUCCUGGCCAACAUGGUGGCCCAGGGCCUGCAGCCCUCCCUCUACGACUCCAUCAUCCAGGUCAAGAAACUGCCAUACCUCCCCGAGCUCAGCCUCGGACACAUCAGUAAGUACAACAUCUUUGUGGAGGACAUGAUGGUGCGGAAGGUGAAAUUCCUGUCCUCCCAGUCCACCUAUCGGGAGCUGGGCUAUCUGCUAGACUCCACCUCCCUCAAAACCAUCCCUCUGGUCGACUCCAAAGAGUCUAUGAUCCUAUUAGGGUCUAUCGAGAGGACAGAGCUGCAAGCCAUCUCUGAUUGGUGGCUUUCGGCCGAGAGGCGUGUCUUUGAGAGGGGUCAGGGGUCACCGGGCCAGGGCUGGGAGUCCUUCACUUUCGUAGACGAGGAAGGAGGAGAGUCUGUUCUCCAGACCUCUCCAGUACAAGAUGAACAGAAUAGGCCACUCCCAUCCCCCAAACCACAGGAGUCCUCCACCAAUCACACCGGCUCAGAGAAGCGUUCCCUCCAGUCUGUGAGGGGAAUAUUUCAGCGCCUCUUCUCCUCUUCCUCAACCAGCCAGGCUGAAGCUCAGGAAUCCACCCCACCUCCACUCACCGACACCAUGUCCUCAGAGGAGAUCAAAGCCUGGGAAGAAGAAGAGUUGGAUAAGCCAAUCAGUAUGGAGGAGAUACGGAUUGAUCCCUCCCCCUUUCAGCUGGUGGAGAGAACCUCCCUUCACAAGACCCACACUUUGUUCUCCUUGCUGGGUCUCAGUCAUGCCUAUGUUACCAGCAUUGGAAAACUGGUGGGAGUCGUAGCACUGAAGGAGUUGCAGAAGGCCAUCGAGGGCUCCACCCGUAGUGGGGUAAGAUUGCGCCCCCCUCUGGCCAGUUUCAGAGAUGCCAACCGUAAAGCGAAGAAGCACGCGGCUCCCCCCUCCACACCCUCCUCCCCCACCAGGGAGAGGGAGCUGUGGGGUGAGGGGGGGAAGAGGGAGGGAGGGGGUAGUAGGAAGGAGGGGAGCGAUGGGUUUAAAUGGGAGGUUAAGGAAGAAAAGGGGGAGGGAGAUGGAGGAAUGAAGGAGGGAGAGGUGUUAAGGUUGAAGGAUGAGGUGGUUGGGACAGAGGGAGAGGGUGACAUGGAUGAGGCUAAGGAGGAACCCAGGGGGAACGCGGGAGAAGCAGGUGCCUCCAGUGCAGGGGCAGAGUGUGAUACCUCCACCCCCAACAGCCGAGGGACAGACUGUCCCCCUCAGGAGCCUUCCUCCCCCACCUCACCACACUCCUCCUCCACUCGUAUCUUCAUUGUGUCAUCCCUUCCUACCGUGCUGGAGACAGAUGGAGAGAGGGAGAGCGAAGAUUCUGAAGAGCCAAUUUAGAUGGCGACAGGGAAUUCUGUGGAUUCUGUUUCUUAAAUGAAGACUUUCUCCUCUCUGGCCUCACUCCACUUACCUCAUUCAGUGAGCGUUUCAAGUAGAGCGUAACAAGGAGCAUCCUGGGUAUUGGAGUUCUGUGCAGGCUCAUUCGAGGCUCUGCAGAUGUUCAGCUUACAGAGAGCAGGAAGAACAGGUGCACACAGUGCUUCUGGGACUUGUAGUUCUGGAAUUUCUGGUAGCUAAUAAUACUUUUUGUAAGAUGGUAGUCUCUUUCCUGAUCUCAGCAGUUUUUUAAGGAUUUUUUUCUACUCAAGACAAACUUCUUUUUCACUAUUUCAGUUUCUCAGGUUUCUCUCCGUGUCUUUAAAACUACAAAAAUGGACAGAUGUUUUAAGUUCUUCAUCUGUGCAUAUCAUUGUUGGUCUCCUUGUCCCGGUAUUGUUGAAUGUAUGAAUGUGUUUGUAGCUACAUGGUAGUGUAUGUCUGUAUCACUGAACUCCAUGUAUCUUUUUGACACUGUAUAUGACAGCAAUUAAGUGUUUGAUAAUGAAAUCACAUCAUUAAUCAUGACUCAAUGUCUGUUAAUGGACUGAUUUAUAUUUGAUCAAAUCGAUUGAACGUUUACUGAUUAAUGAAUAUACAGGCUUUAAAUUAUUACUGUUACCACUGUAAAGCAAAUAUUGAAAUUGUUCAUACUGAUGCCUA